GGGAGAAAUUGUUUUUCUAUGAUAGAAUGAUAGUGACAUUUCGAACGCAGAUUGGGAAUCAACAAUUUUUCGAGUCAUUCUUCAGAGUUCAUAAUAAACUUACGAUUCUUAUCAAAAUAAUUUUCAUAUAGUUGUAUUCUGAUUUAUUCCGAAAAUGGCCCGUCGAUAUGAUACCAGGACAACUAUUUUUUCCCCUGAGGGUCGCCUCUAUCAAGUCGAAUAUGCUAUGGAAGCUAUUAGUCAUGCUGGUACGUGUUUAGGUAUUUUGGCAAAUGAUGGAAUUCUCUUGGCUGCUGAGAGACGCAACACCAACAAGCUUUUAGAUGAAGUAUUCACUUCAGAAAAGAUAUAUCAAUUGAACGAUGACAUGGUCUGUAGUGUUGCUGGUAUUACAUCUGAUGCUAAUGUUUUAACUAAUGAAUUAAGGAUGAUAGGACAGAGGUAUCUAUUGCAAUAUGGAGAAUCUAUUCCAUGUGAACAACUUGUGUCAUGGUUGUGUGAUGUUAAACAAGCUUACACCCAGUAUGGAGGUAAAAGGCCUUUUGGUGUGUCAAUUUUGUACAUGGGUUGGGAUAAGCAUUAUGGUUAUCAACUAUAUCAAUCUGAUCCCAGUGGAAACUAUAGUGGUUGGAAAGCCACAUGUAUUGGAAAUAAUAGCGCAGCUGCUAUUUCGAGCUUAAAACAGGAAUACAAAGAAGGUGAAAUGACUUUAGAGAGUGCAAAAUCAUUAGCAGUUAAAGUAUUGAGUAAAACACUUGACAUGACCAAGCUUUCUUCAGAAAAAGUUGAGAUGGCUACUCUAACUCGAGUUGGAAACAAAACUAAAAUCAACAUUCUGAGUAGCAAUGAAGUUGAAAGUCUCAUAGCUGAAUUUGAAAAGGAACAAGCUUUAGCUGAAGCUGCUAAGAAAGAACAACAGAAACAGCCUGCAUAAAUGAUUGUUUUCUAUUAUUGUAUACAAUUAUAAAUAAGUGAAAUUUUUUCAUA